AUAUUUCUUUUUAUAGGAGAACAUCUAAACUGCUUGAAUCAUUUCGAUGGUUUUGGUGGUCAAUUAUCUCAUGCUAUAAAGAUGGCUGCCAAUGCUGAGAUACACGUUGAUGAUGACGAAUAUUUAACAGUAGGCUCGAAUCACGGUACUAAUUUAGUUAAAGUUGCUGUUCAUGAAGUUGGUCACGCUCUUGGAUUACUUCAUACAUAUCGAAAUUAUUCUAUUAUGUAUGCAAUUUACUCCAAAGUGAUUCCAAACAAUAAUUUCGAAUUAGGUUGGGAAGAUAGAAAAUUAGUACAGAAAAUUUAUGGCGUUUGCACUGGAAGAUUCGAUACGGUUUUCGAUUGGGUACGAAGAAGAUCUGAUGGUCAACUCAUCUAUAACACAUAUUUCUUCCGUAAUAAUCGUUACUGGAUGUACGAAAAUAGAUAUAACAGGACCAGAUACGGCGAUCCUUUACCCAUUAUCCCAGAAUGGAAAGGUUUACCAAAUUCAGUAGAUGGCUACGUACAUGUCUGGACUUACAAUCACGACGCCGCAUACUUUUUUAAAGGACAUCAUUAUUGGUUAUAUAACAGCAUCGAAGAUAAAGUAUCAGAUGAUUAUCCUAAGAAUAUAUCUGAUGGUUUUCGUGCCAUACCCGGUUCCAAUUUCCCAAAUAUUCCGAAUAACAUCGAUAGCGUUUUCUUUGAUAAACGGGAUGCAAAUUUAUAUUUUUUCAAAGAUAAUUUGGUGUAUGCUUACGACGUAUCGCGAGGUAACGAAGGUUGUUGUUUACCCGGUUACCCACGUAAAAUUCAACAAGAAUUUCCAAGUGCACGUUCCGAAUCAACUUUACCCGCAAAUUUAGAUGCAGUAUAUUAUUCUUAUACAGAUAAAUCCAUGUACUUUUUUAAAGGAUGCUACUAUUGGCAAAAUAUAGGGUUUAAACCAUUAGAUCGAAGACGUACGAAUCGCAUCGCAGGACCAUGGGAAAUUUCCUCAAAGUGGUACGACAUCUGUGACGUAGAGAUGUGAUUUUUUUAACACUUUAUAUAUAAAUUUAACAAAGGUUUUUUUAUGUUAAAAAAUCGGCUUUUGUAAUAUAGAAGUAUUUUAAGUGAAUUAGACUCGAUUCAUGCUUAAAUUUGCCAUCCGUCCGGAUUUUUUUUUCUUUUUUUUUUCUUUAAAUUAUAUCGAAUUUCAAGAACUCAAAACGUCGAAUAGAUGUUUAUGUUUAAAUUUAUUUCAAAUUAUUCCUUAAUUAUUUUAUAGUUUAACUGAUAUUUACGAUAUUCCGGAGUGGCAGAAAUUGGGAACACUAUUUUAAAAAUUGACAUUUGACAGUGUUUCCUAUUCAAAAAUGAAAGGAAAGAAAAAAAUAUA